AUGGGCUGCUUCACAUUUGUCAAAUUGAUGAUGGUUUUGUUCAACUUGCUUAUCUUCCUGGGUGGCCUGACACUGCUGGCCAUGGGGAUCUGGGUGAGCGUGGAUGGGAGUUCCUUUCUCCACCUCCUGGGGCCGUUCUCCAGUCAAGGCAUGCAGUUUGUCAAUGUGGCUUUUUUUUGCAUUGCCAUUGGUGCCAUACUGGUGCUGCUGGGACUUCUGGGCUGCUGUGGGGCCCACAAAGAGAGCAAGUGUCUGCUGCUCACGUUCUUCUCCAUCAUUCUCAUCAUAUUCAUUGCUGAAGUGGCUGCUGGAGUCGUGGCUUUGGCCUACUCUUCAUUUGCUGAGGGGAUCCUCAGAGCGUGGGCAACCCCUGCUUUACAGAAAGACUAUGGCAACGAUCCUGUGGUCACCAAAAUCUGGAACACCACCAUGAUAGAGCUGCAGUGUUGCGGUUUCUCCAACUACACUGAUUUUGUGGGCUCUACUUUUGUAACGGAGAAUGGAGGCAGCCUGCCGUCCAGCUGCUGUUGGACCAACAGCACCCCCUGCAGUCUAGGAGAGGCAGAGCGCAGCACUGUGCAGGGCUGUUUUGAACAAAUCCUGGAGACCCUCAGAGAGCACGCCAACAUAGUGGGAGGCAUCGCAGCAGGCAUUGGAGUGUUAGAGAUUGCUGCCAUGAUCGUGUCCAUGUACUUGUACUGUCACCUGGACAGCAGAGUCAACUGAGGCUCCUUCACAGAAACCAUAAU